UGCUUUUUUGAUUUACUCUUUCAAUUUUUGUGAAUUCGAUCGAUCGCUGAUGUCAAAGAAACCAACAAAGAAUAGCAGUACCAGGCAAAACAAAAGGCAGAAACUUUCGGUGCCUUUGCCAGACGUUCUUCAGCAAUUAAAAGAGAAGUUUGAAAGGCUAAACUUAUUCUGCGCCUUCUGCGAUGCACGGUUGACAACUUCCAUGACCAUUCAGAACCUACAAAAAGCGGUACCUCAGCUGACAUUAGAAGAUCUUGCUGCGAUUAAUGUUAUUAUCCCUAACUUUGUGAAGUUUCACCCGUUGACUGAGCAAACAAUCGAAAUUGAAUUUGGUCGACGAGCAAAUAAACGAUUCUCAAAGCAAAAACAUGCACAGGCUUUGGGUAAUCGAGGAGAUGAGUGGUUAAAGUAUGGAUUUGCUAAAAAAGGAAACAAUAAAGAAGACAUAUUUCAAGCUACCAAGCCUGAUAAGGUUAAAAAGUUGAUAGAAGACCAAAACAAUUUAUUUGUGAAGUCUCUUGAAAAUUUUAUAAAACAAUGCGAGGAGAAGAACGUUAAAAUUGAAGAUUACUUAACGGCAGAAUUACAGAAAAAUAUACCUGCUCUCCUAAGAAACCACGAUAUCGUCACUGAGCAAAAUGAUAUCAAUGUGCCAUAUGAAAAUGAAGGCACCAAAACCAUGUCUGAAGUUAUAGCAGGGUUAAAACAGUUGAGUUUUUAUGGUGGUCAACUUGAGUCUGAUGAUAAUCAGAGAACAUUUCCAGCUGAAGAGCCGGUUUACGGUGAUAUACAUUUGUCAGAGGAAAUAAAAUCGGCUCUUACUGAAAAUAACAUCAAUCAUCUGUAUGUGCAUCAGGCAGAUGCAUUGAAUGGUCUAUAUGAAGGGAAACAUGUCAUUGUAUCUACACCAACCGCAAGUGGCAAAUCUUUGAUUUACCAAAUUCCUGUAUUAGAGGCCUUACUAAAAAAUAUUGAGAGCAAGGCAAUGUAUAUAUUUCCAACUAAGGCUUUGGCACAAGAUCAAAUGCGUGCCCUUCAAGAUAUUAUACGAAGGAUAUCCAAAUUAUCUCAUAUCAUGAUCUCAACGUUUGAUGGUGAUACGCCAUCAGAUCAGCGUCCAUACAUAAGGCAAAACUCUAGUAUCAUCUUCACGAAUCCUGAUAUGCUUCAUCAUUCGAUUUUGCCCAGUAUGAAAUCUUGGAGGCAUUUUCUCUCGAAAUUAAAAUAUGUUGUUGUUGAUGAAUUGCAUACUUACAAUGGUUUGUUCGGUACUCACGUCGCCUUAAUUAUGCGCCGCUUAAGAAGACUUUGCCAUGUUAGUGGGAAUGAUAAUGUUCAAUUUAUAUCAUGUAGUGCUACUAUAGCUACCCCGGACGAGUUAAUUAAUGUAGAUGGUGCACCACAUGGGAAAAAAAAAUUUGUCAUCUGGAAUCCAGCUUUAUCCACACCAACGGACGAACUUUCCGAGCGAAGAGGAGCUGUUGCCGAAGGAGCCAACCUACUUGAGUACCUAUUAGUCAAUAAGAUACGUACCAUAGCUUUCUGUAAAGUACGAAAGACUUGUGAACUUCUAAUGAAAGAAUUGAGAGAAAAGUUAGAGCAAAAACAAAGACGGGAUAUAUUAGACAAGGUUAUGAGUUACCGCGGUGGUUAUACACCUGAUGCUAGGCGAAAGAUCGAAAGUCAAAUGUUCAAUGGACAGUUACUAGGCAUUAUCGCAACUAAUGCGUUAGAAUUGGGUAUAGAUAUUGGGUCGUUAGAUGCCGUUCUAAUGAUCGGUGUACCGUGGACCAUUUCUGCUUUAUGGCAACAAUCAGGUCGGUCUGGUCGCCGCAAUGCUGAUUCCCUAUCCUUGAUAGUUUGCGAUGGAAACCCAUUAGACCAAUAUUAUGCUCGUCACCCAAAUGAACUAUUUAAGAAGGAGCCUGAAAGCUUAACAGUAAAUUUGGAAAACUCGAUAGUGAUUGAAAGCCAUAUACAAUGCGCUGCAGAGGAAGAACCUGUUCAUGCAAUGAUAGAUCAAGAAUAUUUUGGCACCAGUUUACCGGCUAUUUGUGACGAACAUCUUACAAAAAUUGGCGAUUACCUGUAUAGACCAGACCCAAAAUAUCGACCAUAUCCAUCAAAAUUCGUCAACAUACGGAAUAUCAAUGAGGAGACAUUUGCUGUCAUUGACGUUACUGAAAAUCGAAAUAUCAUACUGGAAGAGAUUGAGGUUCACAGAGUCGGGUUUGAAGUAUAUGAGGGUGCCAUCUUUAUUCAUCAAGGACGAUCUUAUCUUGUCGAAGAAUGUAAUAUCGACAAAAAGUACUCUAAGGUUCAUUUAACCAAUGUAGAUUGGACAACAAUUCAAAGGGAUUACACAAAUGUGGAUCCAAUAAGCACAAAUUCGACGAAGAAAGUGUCUGAUACAAAAAAUGUUGUGUGCCUUGGGAAAGUGCGAGUAUCUACGGUUGUGUUUGGGUAUUAUAGAAUCGAUAAACGUCGACGUAUUAUGGAUACACACGAAGUUUAUAUGGACCCUAUCCUUGUAGAAUCAAAUGGUGUUUGGGCAGACGCGCCAGCAGUAGCUUUAGAUAAGCUGGAUCAACUGGGUAUAGACCCUAUGGCAGCUAUUCAUGCAGCUUCACAUUGUUUGAUAUCACUGCUACCUAAAUUUGCUUAUUCAGUUAUUGUUGAUCUUCGCACAGAAUGCAAGAAUCCUCAUGCUACACGUCAAAGACCGGCUCGUAUUGCUCUGUAUGAGACGCAACCCAAUGGUGUAGUAGGACAAGCAUUCAAAUUUUUUGACAAUUUGGUUGACAUUUCUAUAAGACAAAUUGAAGAAUGUGUCUGCGAAUCAGGCUGCCCCUUAUGUAUUCAUUUGUCUGUUUGUUCUGAACAUAAUCAAGUAUGUUCAAAAGAGGGUGCACUGAUAGUUUUACGCGCUCUACGCGGUAUUCGUGAAUUAAUUAGUAGAAAAGAAUUAGAUAGACUCACAGCAGCAACUUCUUAUAAUGAAAACAGCUUAUGAAGAAACAAGUGAUCCUUAAACUAUAAUUUGCUGGUCUUUAAAGAAUGAUUGUAAUAUCUCUGUUCCAAGCAAUAGAGCUCUUUUCCCUUACCAUUAAACGAAUGCAAUUAAUAAAUUUCCCGACAGAAGUUACACCAUUCUUUUUGGUCGUAGAUCUGUUUGUUCCAGCGAUCAAAAAUCUAUAACUUUUCUAUACAAACCAAAAAAAA